UCGCAGCAAAGAGCACGAUGGCGGCUGCUGAGCACGGGCUGAAGGAGAGGGAAACCCAGGGGCUCGGUGGUGAAGAGGAGGAAGGAGAAGAAGAAAUGGAAUCAGAGGACGAAGAGCGCGGGGACGGCUCGCCUGAGGGAACCGGGCAGUCGUCCUCCGAUGAGGAAGACGAGAAAGAAAAUGAAGCCGAAAUUCAGAGACUGGAAGAGCAGCUCUCCAUAAACGCCUUUGACUACAACUGCCAUGUGGACCUCAUCAAACUCUUGAGGCAGGAGGGAGAACUGGACAGAUUAAGACGUGCCCGUCAGAAGAUGAGCGACCUCUUCCCUCUAACUGAAGAGAUAUGGUUAGACUGGUUGAAGGAUGAGAUGAAAAUUGCUGAAGAUAAUUCAAGUCGGGAAUUGGUUUACGAGCUGUUUGAGAAAGCUGUUAAAGACUAUAUCUGUCCAGAAAUUUGGUUGGAGUAUGCCCAAUAUUCAAUUGGAGGGAUGGGGGCAGAGGGUGGCAUUGCCAAGGUUCGUGGUAUCUUUGAGAGAGCACUAACAGCUGUUGGACUUCAUAUGACCAAAGGAUCAAGCAUCUGGGAUGCCUACAGGGAAUUUGAGAAUGCAAUAUUAGGAACCAUACAGCCUUUGCCUGGUACCAUUCCUUCAGCAGAACAGCAGCAAAUGCUGAAUACCCAACUUGAGAAGAUCCACACUCUUUUCAAACGGCAGAUAGGUGUACCCCUUCUAGAUAUGGCCUCAACCUAUGCAGAGUAUGAAGAGUGGUCAGAAGAGCCCAUUCCAGAGUCUGUCAAUCAGAACUAUAAGAAGGCGAUCCAACUAGUGGAAAAGUAUAAGCCUUAUGAGGAGGCACUGCUGGCUGCUGAAACGCCGAAGCUGGCAGAAUACCAAGCAUACAUUGACUUUGAAGUGAAGCAAGGAGACCCUGCUCGUAUCCAGCUUAUUUUCGAGCGUGCCUUGGCAGACAACUGCUUAGUGCCAGAUCUGUGGGCCAGAUAUACACAGUAUCUAGACAGGCAGCUAAAAAUGAAGGAACUUGUGCUUGGCGCACAUGAUCGAGCUGUCAGAAAUUGCCCAUGGACUGUAGGCUUGUGGAAAAGUUAUAUCCUUGCAUUAGAGCGACAUUCUGUAGAUCACAGCACUAUAACUGAAACUUUUGAGAAGGCUCUAAAUGCAGGUUUCAUUCAAGCCACAGACUAUGUAGAGAUUUGGCAGUCAUACUUGGACUAUCUCAGAAGAAGGGUGGACUUUACUAAAGAUUCCAGUAAAGAACUUGAAGAGCUUAGAGCUGCAUUUGUUCGUGCAUUAGACUACCUUAAGCAGGAAGUGGAAGAAAGGUUUAGUGAAAGCGGAGAUCCUUCUUGUAGCAUAAUGCAGAACUGGGCCUCAAUAGAGGCUCGACACUGUAACAACAUGCAGAAAGCUAGAGAGCUCUGGGAUAGCAUCAUGACCAAAGGCAAUUCCAAGUUUGCCAAUAUGUGGCUGGAGUAUUACAACCUAGAAAGAGCCCAUGGUGAUACUCAGCACUGUAGGAAGGCUUUACAUCGUGCCGUGCAGUGCACAGUGGAUUACCCUGAGCAUGUUUGUGAUGUCCUACUUACCCUGGAGAGAAUUGAAGGGAGUUUGGAGGACUGGGAUGCAGCUGUUCUAAAAACUGAAACCAGACUAUCAAGAGUUAAUGAACAGCGUGCUAAGGCAGCUAGGAAACAAGCCAUCCAUGCCAGGCAGGAAGAGGAAAAGUCUGAACAGAGGAAGAAAACUCGAGCUGAGAAGAAAGCAAAGAAACCCAAAAAAGCCAAACCUGGAGAUAAACGCAAAGCGGAGGAGGAGGAAGAUGAUGAUGAAGAGUGGGGCGAGGAGGCAGCAGAACACCCCAGUAAGAAGCACAGACAGGAGCAGUCUGAGGACAAUGGGGCGGAAGAGAUGGAGACUGAGACUGGUCUUUUUGGUAGGAGCUCCUCCUCCACACGGCACUCUAAAUCCCAACAGAAGCCUCCUGCCCCUAAGGAACAGCCUAAGAUCUCUCAUAAUGCUGACAAGGAGAACAUAACUGUAUUUGUGAGCAACCUGCCCUACAAUUUGCCUGAUCCAGAGCAACAACUGAGAAAUGUUUUCUCAGGCUGUGGGGAGAUCUCCCAGGUUAGGGUUGUCUACAACAACAAAGGCACCUUCCGUGGAUACUGUUAUGUCGAGUUUACUGAAGAGAAAAAUGCAUUGGAUGCAUUGAAAAUGGACCGGAAUGUAUUUAAAGGGAGACCCAUGUAUGUGUCUCCUUGUGUGGACAAGAACAAGAACCCAGAUUUCAAGGUGUUCAAGUACAGCACAGCUCUGGAGAAACAUAAGUUGUUUGUCUCUGGGUUACCAUUUUCCUGCACCAAAGAGGAACUGGAAGAAAUCUUCCAAGUGCAUGGCACCCUUAAGGAGAUCCGUCUGGUAACCAAUCGAUCUGGAAAACCAAAGGGACUUGCAUAUGUUGAUUAUGAAAAUGAGGCCCAGGCUUCACAAGCUGUAAUGAAAUUGGAUGGCACAAAAGUGAAGGACCAUACUAUUAACGUGGCGAUUAGUAAUCCUCCUUUAAGAAGACAGCAAGAGAGUCAGGAGGCUGCUCGGUCUACAACGUCUAUGGUUCCUCGGCAAACCUAUGGAGCGAGGGGUAAAGGAAGAACCCAAGUGUCUCUCUUACCCCGAUCUCUGCACCGCCAGAAUACAUCAGGCAUCACAAAAACAGAAAAUGGUACCCCCCGGACACCAGAGACUUCAUCAGGCGCUGAAGGGGAGCCCCGGAAGAUGUCUAAUGCUGACUUUGCCAAGAUGUUGCUCGGGAAGUGAUUAAGAAGGGACAUGUGCAAUGGGAAAAUGUGAAAGUGACUGCCCUCUGUGACCUUAUCCAUUACUGCAGCUGCUUACAUCUCCACUAAACACCCGGACUGCAGAUUCUGCCCGGUCGGGCUGUACGUACAGUUUUGUUUUUCUAGGUCCUGUACUGAUUACCUUUUAUGUUUUAAUAGUGCAGACUUUAGGCUUCCUUAUUUCCCUCAUAUUGAGGCAGGCAAGGCAAAGCAGGGGUAGCUAAUAAUGGUCUGUUGGGUUUGUGUUUUUACACCUGUUGUUGCAGAAUGUCUAUCGAUCGCACUGAAUUGCAAAAGUGAUCGUGAAACACCUCCAGGUAUUUUAUAUGUCUUUAUCCUCAUUUUCAUGCUUUGUUUUCCCUGUGGAAUUUACAGUUCGUUUUCUGUUGGUUAAAACUGGAUUAAAACCCUCGCUCUACACAAGUCAGUCUCGGCAAUGGGCGAUUAGCAGCCUUUGUGUAGUCUUAUGUGAAUGAGCACCGCUAUAUAGUGCAUAUUGGGAUAAUGGGACACUUUGAGUGACUGCGGCAGCAUCGUAACAGUAUGGAUGCGGAACUUGCUUGCUUGUUCAUUUCGUUUGGCUUCAACAGCCAUAUUGAGAUGUUCCAGAGUAUUGGUUGAGAGGGGGCGUCCAACAGCUGAAGGCUCCCACCGCUCGCUGGAACGAAUGGGCAGACAUGUCUCUGACCUUCAUUCCUGUGAUCAGUGGGGUCUCGGCUCUUCGAUCCCUCAACAUUACAUAAUUGCACAUUAUCUAUAAGAAGACUCCAUUCUUCCCCGUCCAUCUAUCUUUUAGGUGUGUGCAUUUUCUUUACACCUAGUGGGGUGAUGGCAUCACAACCAACCCAAAGUAGCUAUUAAAACGGAAGCACAACAAUAAGCUACCACGUUAGUGGAUCCACAAGUUGCUGUUUUUAUGUUGCAAUUUCUCAAUUUUUGGAAAAUGUUUUGUACCAAUUGUUUUGUUUCUCCAUAAUUGUGACAAAAUUGCAGGAAAGAAGCUGUGUGUGAACACAUCCAUAUUGAGUAACACGCUAUACAACCCAUUAUACGGUGUGUCUGCCGCCUACUCAGCGCUAGGCAAUUCCACCAUUUCUAGAUGUCGGUGUUGCACACACAUUGGACAGCCAACUAAAUGAUUGCACCCUGUUUUACAAAUGUAAAGUGAUAAAACCUAUUAUCUAUUUUAUCAGUACUGCACCUCUGGCCGGAUAUCGAUGCCCUUCGUAGUCCCAGAAGUGGAGCUGUGAUUUUCCGACACAGGAAGAUAACCCCCUCCCUGUGUUUAGAUUUAAUGAAUGGGGCUGGCUGUCUGGGUUCGUUCGUUACCUAAGCCAGGGAUCUGCAACCUCCGGCACUCCAGCUGUUCAGAAACUACAGAAUGCUUCAUUCACUUCUAUGGGAGUUAGAAGAGCAGCCGAGUCAGUUUGCAUGCUGGGAGUUGUAGUUUCACAGCAGCUGGAGUGCCAGAGGUUGCUAAUCCCUGACCUAAGCCAUUCCCCCUUCCCUGUCUUUGCAUUAGCCAUGAUGGAACAUGGGGCUGGUUUAGCUACUGAAUCAAGCCAGCCGACUUUUUCAUCACAUCACUGACACACAGGGAUCAGGAGGAAGUUGUCUGCCCCUGUUGGAACAUCAUUGCAAUUGUAGCAUGUACACACAGGGGCACAUUUACGAAGACCGGCGUUUUAGACGCCGGUGUUGAUAAGGCCAUGUGCUGGUGAUGGAUCUACAUACACAACUCCCUUGCUGUUUUACAUUUAGACCAUUUUCUGCGCCUAAAUCAGGCCCAUCCCCUUCCCCACCACGCCCACUUUUUUAGAACUGCAUGGCGUGAACGGGGAAAAGUCGCAGAUUGCGGCGCAGAGGACCUUUGCACCACAAUCUGCACCAGAAAUAUGCCUAAUAUAGGCUUAUUUAUAUUUAAUAAAUGACCCCUAUUGUUUCUGUUGACCACAGACAAAAUUUUCCAACCUGGCCAAUUGCAUUUUCGGCACACAGAAGUCCGCCAUCAGCCAUUGUGAACAAUUGGGCAUGCUAAUUUUUCUAACGGUUGGUUGAAAUGUCCCAUAUGUUAUGGGCACUUUUACCCCGAACCAGCUCCAUUUCUGAAACCACACAACAAUGAGUAAAUUUGGGCCAUCACUAUAGUCAAUGUCAAGUAAAGUAUAGAACCUACCAUCAUUUUACAAUGGUCAGAUAAUUGGCUACAUAAAGUAAAUGAAAACUGGUUCAGUUGAGGACUUGAGGCAUGAUUCGGGAUGCUAAAGUUCACCUAAGUAUGGCUGUUAACAUUUGUUAGGUUAUCCGUUGUCCACAUAAACACAUAAUCUACUUAUCUGUGGUCACAGAUCUGUUGUUUAGAGACAUCGUACCCAAACAGGUGAAAUUAUGGAGAUCUGCCACCAUAUAGAUGUUUUAUUGUUAAGCAGUUGGCGAAUCGGUCAGGUGAUCCUUUUUGACCCUCACCCUACAGAUUCUUUUUGAAGGUAUCUUAUAGGAUUUAGUAUUCCUCCUCAUGAUGCAGCUAUGUAGAUAUCUGAGCUUUGCAUACAGCUCUGCCCGUAUUGCAGCUCCUACAAUGGUCCAGUUGUCCCAGGAUCCUAUGAAGCAAAUCAGGCAAGUUAUGCAGCCAUACAUUCCCUGUCCUUUAUAGGCAUCAUUUUAUUAAAGAGCCUUAAAAGUUUGUCCCAUUAAGACAACUUAUCCCCUAUCGACAGGAUAGGGUGUAAGGCUACUUUCACACUAGCAUUUAAGUUUUCCGGUAUUGAGUUCCGUCAUAGGGCCUCAAUACCGGAAAAAA